ACAGUUAUCGGUGAGCGUUUUGCGCAACCACACGUUUUAGUGGCGUCCAAGGUGAUUUUUUAGUGAGAUUAAUUCGUACAUAAUGUUGCUCACGAAACAAUCGAACAUUUUGCGGUAUAUUUGCCCCACUCUACGAAAUUGUUAUUCAUUGCGCGCGUAUUUAUCGUCCACAAUGGAGGUGCGCAUCGAGGAGGCGCGUCGUUUCAUGGAGCAGAGCCUCAUGGCUGUCCAGACUCCUGAGUCGGAAGCCAAGGCUCAUGCUGAUUUACUGGUUCACGCGGAUAUAGUGGGCCAUUUCAGCCACGGACUCAAUAGAUUAGAAUUCUACAUUAAUGACAUUCUGUCAAAGGCGACAGUUCCUACAGCCAAGCCUGUGAUACUCAAGGAGACAGAGGCUACGGCGUGGGUGGACGGUUGCAAUGCUCUCGGCGCAACAGUCAGCAACUUCGCCAUGGACCUCGCCAUCCAGAAGGCGAAGAAAGCAGGCGUGGGAUGGGUCGCUGCUAAACGUAGCAAUCAUUUCGGAAUGGCCGGCUACUGGGCACUGAAGGCAGAACGCGAGGGUCUCAUCGGAAUGGCUUUUACAAAUACCUCACCCAUCAUGGUGCCUACAAGAGCUAAGAAGAGUGCCUUAGGAACUAAUCCGAUAGCAAUGGCAGCCCCGGCGACUGGUGGUGACAGCAUCGUGGUCGACAUGGCUACCACUGCAGUCGCUGUUGGGAAGAUAGAAGUGCAAAUGCACAAAGACGAACCCAUCCCUGAGGGUUGGGCGCUGGGUCCAGACGGAAAAUUGACCACAGAUUCCAAAGUGGCUUUCGACACAGCUAAUUUAUUACCACUGGGUGGUCUGGAGGAGACCAGCGGUUACAAAGGAUACGGGCUGGGUGCCAUGGUCGAAGUGUUCUGCAGUGGAUUAUCAGGAUCAAAAUCAACGCACAACAUCCGUGGUUGGGAAGUGAACAGUCAAGGCGGCCCUCCGGACCUCGGACACUGCUUCGUCGCCAUAGACCCCGAAUGCUUCGCCCCAGGAUUCGCGGAGCGUAUCGCCGAUUGUCUACACCAUUGGAGGAGUAUGGAACCGGUUGAUCCGUCUCUCCCAGUGUUAGCACCAGGAGACAAGGAGCGCAUAAACUCAGAAGAGACUACCAAGAGAGGCACAAUCAUUUAUGCGCAGAAGCAGUACGAGCGAUACUUCAACAUUGCGAAGAGGAUAGGAGUUCAACCUAUGGAGACUGUAUGAAACUCAAAAUGAUAAUAUAAUAUUGUUGUUUUUUUAAUAAAAAUAUUAAUACUGCA